AUGUCCUAUCCAAGAAGAAACAGGGACGUCAAUACUCGUGCAUCGAAGCCUCCAAAGCGAAAGUUUCACGGGAAUCAGUAUCUUCAAAAAGAAGAUGAACCCAUGGGAGAAAGUGCAUCCGCUCGAAAAUUAUCGACCUCGAGUACUUCCGACAUUACCCAUGUUUCUAAGUUUUCGUAUCGAAUAAUAGAAUUCGUAAGUUUUUUUGGUGCGCUAUCAGAUAUAAUUAUUUGCAAAGACUGUAAAAAAAAUAUAAAAUUUGAAGAAGAAAAAAUUCGGGGCAUCGGAUUUAAAGUUGUUGUUUUGUGCCACUGCAGCCGUCGCCUAAUUUCAUCGGGGCCUUUCAUAAAUAACGGAUAUGAAAUCAAUCGACGAAUAGUUUUCGCUAUGCGACUUCUAGGCGUCGGUAGAGACGGCAUAAAUUUAUUCUGCGGCAUUAUGGACAUCGGGCAAGGGCUAAGUAAAUCCAUGUACGACCUUGUGGUGGGGCAUAUUCAUACUGCCACGAAAACAGUAUUCGACAGUUUAUGCCAAAAAGCAAUACACGAGGAAAAAGAAGAAACCGAGAAAAAAGGAAGAUCACCAACAAAUUUAAAAGUUUCCGGCGAUGGGUCGUGGAAAAAACGCGGCUUCACUUCGUUGUUUGGUGUAACAACACUAAUUGGCUACUAUAGCGGCAAAGUGGUAGAUCUCGUUGUCAAAAGCAGCUACUGUCAAGCAUGCACGAUUUGGCGACAAAAAGAAGCCACAGAGGAGUAUGCCGAAUGGUAUGAAGAUCAUAAAGAAGAGUGCUCAUCAAACCAUGAAGGUUCGGCGGGAAAAAUGGAGGUUGACUCCAUCACAGAAAUGUUUUCUACAUCCGAAGAAAAAUAUGGAGUAAAAUACGGAAACUACAUCGGCGACGGUGACUCUAAAACAUUUAAAGCUGUUUUAGAUUUAAAACCAUAUGGAGACGAUUUCCAAGUAACAAAAAGUGAAUGCGUUUCCCACGUUGAAAAACGAAUGGGCAGUCGGCUACGAAAUAUAAAAAAAGAAAAGAAACUUGGCGGAAGAGGGAAGCUAACUGACACCCUCAUAAAAAAGUUAACAAAAUACUACGGACUAGCAAUCAGGAGGAAUAUUGAAUCCGCUGAUGAAAUGGAGAAAGCCAUAAUGGCAACUUAUUUUCAUCUAUGUUCGACGGAUGAAAAUCCAAGGCACGAUAAUUGCCCGGUAGGUGCAGACAGCUGGUGCGGGUAUCAUGCCGCUCAGGCCUCAGGUCAAUUUCACAAGCACCCGCCUCCGUUUCAUUCAGAUGUCGAGAAAAAUAUUUUGCCCAUUUAUCAAAGCCUUUCUAAUCACGACCUAUUAGAAAGAUGCUUAGGCGGGCAUACACAAAAUGCAAAUGGAAACUUUAAUGCUACAGUUUGGCGACUAACGCCAAAGCAUUUGCAUUCGGGGCGAAAAAUAAUCGAAAUCGCCAGCUAUAUAGCCGCUGGCAUAUUUAAUGAAGGGUAUGCUGCCAUUUUACAUAUAAUGGAAACAUUAGAAAUAACAAUCGGACCUCCGUGUAAGUUGUACGCCGACACUUACAAUGCCAAGCGGACGAAGAGGCAGAAGCGCCGCAGCUUAUGGAGCAGCAAAGAGGCUCGAAUGGCUCGAAGACAAUUGUAAAUCGAGCAAAACGAGUUGUUCGAAGAAGCGGAAGGAUUGUUAUACGGGCCUGGAAUAGCAGACUAA